AUGUUACGAUGUUUGGAUGACACAAAAAUAUCGCGAACCGUUGACCUCGCCGAAGUGACGUGGCUUCCCUGCCCCGACGACACAGAUAGCCGCACCGUAGGUGCAGAGGCCGAGGCGGAGGCAGAGGCCAGACAAACGUGUGCUGCAGGGAAGCCAGUCCAGCCUCGUGACGUGCCCUCGCCGUGUACAGGGGAUGCGUUCUUCGCGGGCACGGUGCUGCAGUACCAGCUGCACAGGGCGGCGUGCCGCGCGGCCGGCAAGUUCGACCCGGGCAACCCGGCCAGGAUGCCGCUGCACAAGUGCGACGUCUACCGCAGCCCGGAGGCCGGGGAAGUGCUCAGGCGACUGAUGCGGCCGGGCUCGUCGGCGCCGUGGCAGGAGGCGCUGCGGCUGGCCGCCAACGAGUCGCAGCUGGACGGCUCGGCCGUCAGGGACUACUUCCGGCCGCUCGAGGACUGGCUCGCCCAGGAGAACCAGCGCACCGGCGAGUACGUCGGCUGGCUCUACGAUGGUGAUUACUGCAAGCAGAGUAUCGAGACAGCCAACUUGCAGGUCUCCGGUGGCUACUACAAUGCAGCAAUGGUUUGCAGCCCUACUGUAGCUGUGAUGCUCAUCCCUCUCUUGGUUACACAGUUUCUAGUUGCAAGUGGUGUCUAGUCAGAGUGGCUAAAUGUAUGAGAUUGUAUGAAUCUCACUGUCAUUAUUACCCAUGGUAGAGAUAGAAGAGAAAAGAAAUAGUUGUAUAUAUAAAUACAGUAUAAGACAUGUCAU